CCCAGACCCAGUGUUGAGUGUCUCCAUGGUUCUUAGUCCCCGCCAGCCUUGCACUCUGAGAGCCCGUCUCACCGCUAUGAUCAAAACCAUGGGUCCCAGCGAGACCGAGCUCAGCAUCCCACCCAAAAACUGCUACCGCAUGGUCAUCCUGGGCUCCUCCAAGGUGGGCAAGACCUCCAUCGUGUCCCGCUUCCUGAGCGGCCACUUCGAGGAGCAGUACACCCCGACCAUCGAGGACUUCCACCGCAAGUUCUACAGCAUCCGGGGGGAGGUGUACCAGCUGGACAUCCUGGACACCUCGGGCAAUCACCCCUUCCCAGCCAUGAGGAGGCUCUCUAUACUCACAGGUCAGUUCACUCAGCCUAAAAUUACUGUAACUCUGAUAUUACUGAAUGCUACAAUUACUGCUCCCCAAAACUACUGUAACUCUAAUAUUACUGCUCCCCAAAACUGCUAGACCCUCAAAACUACUGUAACUCUAAUAUUACUGCUCCCCAAAACUGCUAGAACCUCAAAAUUACUGAAUGCUAAUAUUAUGAACCCUAAAAUUAUUGCAUCUUGCAGUAUAUUUAUUGCACUGGGUCUUAGAAUGAGGGGUACUCGUUUUGCAGGGUAGUUGCUGUGAAACUUGCAUGCUAAUCCCCUAUAGAUUAAUAUGGAUUUUUAUUACUAUUUUUUUUUUUCUUCAAUUUUUUUCCUCUCCAGGAGAGAAUUAUUUAUAAAAUACUUUAGAAUUGUUAUAAUGGUUUUUUAUAUAAAUUUUGUUGAAGGGGCUACAAAUGGAUAUAUGGACAACAUGCAUGCCAGUGAUUUUAUUUUAUGAACCAGUUGCUUGUAGCAGAUACAAAGCGCACAGGGAAUUUACUUCAUGUCUGUUAAUAAAAACCUUGGAGAGAGUCGUGAGCGCUCAGGCUUUCAAACAGAGGAUGACUGACAACAUUGCACUAGGGAAUAAACAAAAGCAGUCAUGGAAUGUAGAAUGUGCUAUAACUUGGUUCUAAAUUGCAAUAUCUAGUAUGUUGGAUUUAUUAAUUUAUUCUUGCAGAUACUGACCUGUUUUCUUUUUAUUCCUUAUUACAGGAGAUGUCUUUAUUUUGGUCUUCAGCCUGGACAACAGAGACUCUUUUGAGGAAGUCCAGCGUCUAAAGCAGCAGAUCAUUGAGACAAAAUCCUGUCUAAAGAACAAGACCAAGGAGAAUGUGGAUGUCCCUCUUGUUAUCUGUGGCAACAAAGGUGACAGGGACUUCUACAGGGAGGUGCAAGCUCAUGAGAUUGAGCAGUUGGUUGGUGUGGACAAGAAUUGCUCCUACUUUGAGGUGUCUGCCAAGAAGAACUCAAAGUUGGAUGAGAUGUUCCGGGAGCUCUUCACCUUGGCCAAAUUACCUAGUGAAAUGAGCCCUGACCUUCACCGCAAGGUCUCUGUACAGUACUGUGAGAUUUUGCACAAGAAAUCCUUAAAAGGAAAGAAAGUCAAAGAGAAUGAAGACGCCUAUGGUAUUGUGGCCCCUUUUGCCCGGAGACCUAGCAUUCACAGUGACUUGAUGUAUAUCAGGGAAAAGGCUAUAGGAGGUGGCCAGAGUAAGGAUAAGGAGCGAUGUGUCAUAAGCUAGUCUCCAGUUUUAAAUUGCCCAAAAUAAAGGCGUUUAUAAAUAUAUACAUAGAGAAACAGAAAACAUCAAGGCGUCUUGACAAAUCGAAGCCAAAGGGCAUGUCCGAGAGGGGUAACAAUUGCCCCCAUGCCUUUUGAUGGCUAGUCGGCCGCCAAGGCUACCGUGGACAGGCGAACCUAGCCUUGUAAAGUUGAUUUUGGACAGUGUGAGAUCCUAUCUGUCUAAAGUUCGUACAAAGUGAAGCUAGAGGAGUGUAGUGUAUACUGACUUCACCAGAGGAAGUUGAAUGAUUGGAAGACACUCCGCUUUCUAAGGGACUAAAAUCUUGACUGAACGAUAUGAGAGAAAUGGCAACUGUGCCAUUAAACAGUUUGAGCACUAUAAAGUGACUUGUUUACACCACAUUGGAGUAUUGUGACUGGAUAUGAACAAACUCACAUGUUUUACAUUGUGCUAUUUUGAAGUGUUAUUUUUCUAUGUGAAAAUAAAGCUUGUAAACUUUAA